AUGGGCUUUGCACCAAGAGGUCGAGGCGGUCCCCCCCGCGGCGGCAGCCGUGGUGGCUUCGGUGAUCGCGGAGGACGUGGUGGUUCGCGAGGAGGAGCGCGAGGUGGUUUCGGUGGAGGUCGCGGUGCACCUCGAGGAGGUGGUCGUGGAGCACCCCGCGGUCGCGGCGGACCCCCAGGGCGUGGUGGACGUGGUGCUCCCAGGGGAGGAGGUGGUGCUCGCGGUGGUGCAAAGGCCAUCGUCGAGCCUCAUCGUCAUGAGGGCGUCUUCGUUUCGCGUGGAAAGGAGGACCAUCUGCUGACUCGUUCGAGCGCGCCUGGCAUCGAAGUAUACGGCGAGAAGAGAAUCACAGUUGACAACUCUGAGAAGGGCGAGGACGGCGCGCCAGUGACGACAAAGGUUGAAUACCGAGUAUGGAACCCUUUCCGAAGCAAGUUGGCAGCUGGUAUCAUCGGUGGUAUCGACAACAUCUACAUGGGACCUGGCAAGAAGGUCCUGUACCUCGGGGCUGCGUCUGGUACCUCCGUCUCUCACGUCGCUGAUAUUGUCGGCUCUACCGGAAACGUUUACGCAGUCGAGUUCUCCCACCGUUCUGGUCGUGAUCUGGUCAACAUGGCCCAAAACCGAACAAACGUUAUUCCUAUCGUCGAGGAUGCCCGUCACCCCAUGAGAUACCGCAUGCUUGUACCCAUGGUUGACUGCAUAUUUGCCGACGUGGCACAACCUGAUCAAGCCCGUAUCGUCGCCUUGAACGCACACAUGUUCUUGAAGAUUGGUGGUGGAGUGGUCAUCUCCAUCAAGGCCAACUGUAUUGAUAGCACAGCCGCCCCUGAGGCAGUAUUUGCGCAGGAGGUACAGAAGUUGAGGGCAGAGCGCAUCAAGCCGCAAGAGCAGUUGACUCUGGAACCCUUCGAGCGUGAUCAUUGUAUCGUCAUUGGACAGUACCAAGAGGCAAAGUAG